AUGGCCGAGAAAUCGAAGAUGUCGGCAAUCGGCUCUCCUUUAUACAUGUACCCGUCCGAUAGCACGGGAACUCCGUUAACGCAAAUAAUUCUCACCGGUGAGAAUUACUCGACAUGGGCCAAAGCCGUGAGACGUGCACUGGAUGCGAAGAACAAGGCGGGAUUCGUAGAUGGGUCGGUCCAGAAACCGGACAACCAACAUCCCGAUUACCAUUGGUGGAAGAUGGGCAAUAGCUUAGUUGCUUCAUGGAUCCUCAAUUCUCUGGACAAAUCACUACAAAAUAGCAUUGUCCAUGCGGCUGAUGCUCGAGCCAUGUGGGAUGAGUUAAAGGAGCGGUUCUCGCAAGGUAAUGUUCCUCGCAUCCACCAAUUGAAGGCGGAAAUUAACUUGCUCCGUCAAGACGGUCAAAGUGUGACCGAAUAUUUCACAAAAUUGAAGGGCCUUUGGGACGAGCUUGCCGACUACACUGACACAGUCACUUGCACGUGUGUCGGAUGCACUUGUGACGUAGCAAAAAGGCUCGCAGCCGAACGAGAAAUAGAGAUGCUGCACCAAUUCCUUAUGGGACUUAAUACCGAGUCCUAUGGUGCGAUUCGUUCUCACAUUCUCAGUAUGGAGCGACUUCCCUCCAUCAACAAGGCAUAUUCUCUUAUGAUUCAAGAAGAACGCCAACGAUCCGUCCUACGAGACCAGGAGACGCCCAAGGACCAUGCCAUCGUACUUGCUGCUGGAGGAAAAGGAAGUGCGCCUCGCUACAUCUGUGAUCAUUGUGGAAAAACGGGGCACUCGAAAUCCCAUUGCUAUGAGUUGAUUGGAUACCCGGAAAAUUGGGAGCGCAACAAAGAUGACUCCGGCCGAAGAAACAAUAACCGCCGUGGACAACGGCCCGGCGGCCCAAACGGCGGCGGCAACAACAAACCUACAGCUCCUCGCGGCUCUGGUGCAGCCCAUUCCGCUCAGACCAACGGCGCUGCAGCAGGAGGAAGUGCGGCUGGUCUUCACACUCUCACCGACAUGGAGUAUCGACAACUUAUCAACCUUCUGGGCUCCGUCAAAAUGGCAUCUUCCCAACCUUCAGACACACAGCCGCUCGAAGGUAAUAUCACGACUUUUUCUCGAUCAUGGAUUCUUGAUUCGGGAGCUUCGGAACAUAUGACCGGGCACUUGGAACUCCUAACGAAUUGCACGCCCAUCCGAGGACCAUGUCCCAUCACGACAGCAAAUGGAACGAUCUCUCAU